AUGCAUGUCUCAGUUAAGGGAGGCCAUGGUGGUGAUGGUUGUGUAGCAUUUCUGCGUGAAAAAUUUAAGUCACGAGGUCCACCUUCAGGUGGUAAUGGAGGUAGAGGUGGUCACGUAAUAUUUGUCGCAUCGGCAAAUCAUUCAUCACUGCAUUCAGUCAAAAGACAACUCGUUGGAGGUAGGGGCGAAAAUGGAAAAGGCCACAUGAAAAAUGGAUCAGCUGGUAAAGAUAUAAUAAUCCCAAUACCUUUGGGAACGGUUAUUAAAGAAAUCGAUCCACCAUCAAAGACAUUGAUUAAUGAGAAUGACAUUAACGAUGAAAUUAAUGAAGAGACAUUGAUAGAAAAACGGCGCAAAGCCGCAUGGGUUCAUUACCCAAAAUACGAUGAAAAAAAUCCACAAAGUACAUUUUUUUUUGAAGCCGAGAGGAUGAUUAAAGAAGAAGAUCGAUUUCGUCAGUUACAAAAAAAAAAGGAUGCAGAAAAUAAACUCACAUUAGAUUUAACUGUGCCGAACGAACAAUAUAUCGUUGCGCAUGGAGGUUUAGGUGGAAAAGGAAAUCCCUAUUUCCAAACAAACGCAAAUAGAUCACCAAAAUUUGCAACACGGGGUAUCGAGGGACAACAUAGAUUUCUUGAACUUGAAAUUAAAACAAUAGCAGAUGCGGGUCUUGUAGGUCUUCCAAAUGCAGGAAAAUCUACAUUACUAACAGCCAUUUCUAAUGCACGUCCCAAAAUUGCACCAUAUCCUUUUACAACACUUAAUCCAUUUAUUGGUACGGUGGAUUAUGCGGAUCGAUAUCAACUAAAAGUUGCAGACAUACCUGGUAUAAUUCACGGAGCUCACAAAAACAUUGGACUUGGACACUCAUUUCUUCGACACAUCGAAAGAUCCAGAAUUUUAGUAUAUGUUAUUGAUUUAUCAGGAACAGCUCCGUGGGAAGAUUGGAAAGUAUUGCGAAAUGAACUUGAAUUAUAUCAAAAAAGAUUAACAAAAAGGCCAUCAUUGAUAGUAGCUAAUAAAGCUGAUAUUACCGAGAGUGCAGAGCGAAAUUUACCCAUAAUGUUAGGCAAAGCAAAAGAGUUUGAAAUAGAAAACGAACAAGUGCUCGAAAUUGUUCCGAUAUCGGCAAAAAUCAUGACCCCAACCCUCCAAGAAAGUCCUCCGGGAAAAUCUUUUAUGCAAGAUGGUUAA